GCGGCGGUGGCGGCAUGGCCACCACCGCGCAGUACCUGCCGCGGGGCCCGGGCGGCGGGGCCGGAGGCGCCGGGCCGCUUAUGCACCCGGACGCAGCUGCGGCGGCGGCCGCGGCAGCAGCGGCCGAAAGACUCCACGCGGGGGCCGCGUACCGCGAGGUGCAGAAGCUGAUGCACCACGAGUGGCUGGGAGCAAGCGCGGGGCACCCCGUGGGCCUGGCCCAUCACCAGUGGCUACCUACGGGCGGCGGCGGCGGGGGCGACUGGGCGAGUGGCCCCCACUUGGACCACGGGAAGGGUGGAGGCGGCAGCCGCGGGGACGACGGCGGAGGCUUCCACGCGCGGCUGGUGCACCAGGGGGCGGCCCAUGCGGGAGCAGCGUGGGCUCAAGGCGGGACACCUCACCACCUAGGCCCAGCCAUGUCACCGUCACCUGGGGCGGGUGGGGGUCAUCAGCCCCAGCCUCUAGGGCUCUAUGCGCAAGCAGCAGCUUACCCGGGAGCUACCGGGGGCGGGGGCCUCGCGGGGAUGCUAGCGGCUGGCGGGGGCGGCGCGGGGCCCGGCCUGCACCACGGGCUGCACGAAGACGGACACGAGGCGCAGCUGGAGCCGUCGCCGCCGCCCCACCUGGGUGGACAUGGACAUGGACAUGCGGGUGGGCUCCAUGCGGGUCACCUGCACCCGGGCGCUGGUGGUGGGGGCUCCUCAUCGGUCGGGGAGCACUCGGAUGAGGACGCUCCGAGCUCCGACGACCUGGAGCAAUUCGCCAAGCAGUUCAAACAGAGGCGCAUCAAACUGGGCUUCACGCAGGCCGACGUGGGGCUAGCGCUGGGCACACUCUACGGAAACGUCUUCUCGCAGACCACCAUCUGCCGCUUCGAGGCCCUGCAGCUCAGCUUCAAGAACAUGUGUAAAUUGAAGCCACUGCUGAACAAGUGGCUAGAGGAGACCGACUCUUCCACCGGCAGCCCCACCAACCUGGACAAGAUCGCGGCGCAGGGACGCAAACGCAAGAAGCGCACGUCCAUCGAGGUGGGCGUCAAGGGCGCUCUGGAGAGCCACUUCCUUAAGUGCCCCAAGCCGUCGGCUCAUGAGAUCACGGGCCUGGCCGACAGCCUGCAACUGGAGAAGGAGGUGGUGCGCGUCUGGUUCUGCAACCGGCGGCAAAAGGAGAAGCGCAUGACCCCGGCCGCUGGCGCCGGCCACCCCCCUAUGGACGACGUGUAUGCGCCAGGUGAGCUGGGACCCCCCGGGGCCGGGGGCGGGGGCGCCUCGCCGCCUUCAGCCCCUCCGCCUCCACCGCCUGCCCCUCUGCACCAUCACCACCACCACACACUGCAAGGAUCCGUGCAGUGACCCCCCCUCACCCUGCGGGGCCCGGACUCGAGCCCCUUCUCCUCUGCCCACCGUGCCAACACUCCCCCCCCCAAAGGGAGCGGACCCCGAGA